AUGCGUCUCUCACGGCUGAUAUGCCUUCUGGCAGUUCCUGGCCUGUACCUAUCUACCGUCUCUGCGGUUCUUGACCGGUCUCGCUCCCAGUUCAGAACAUGGUUUCCCACAAUAGAAAAAUAUUCCAAAGAACAUUGGAUGAAGGAAGAUUGCCCUCGACAGUUCGAGGCCUAUUUCGAUGAGAACCUAAAGGAAGAACCAGGUGAUCACAGGUACUCAGGUGAGCUGUUGAACUGUAUUCUCAAUGUCUAUGGAGAGGUCAACAAGGCAAACAUGGCCGUCACGGCUAUCCUACUGGCGCUUCUUCCCGGAGGUCUGGUACAGUUCGGACCUAGCAUGGCUGAGAUAAGCCUCCUGAGUACCCGCAGACCACUUCUCGCCAUGCUCCUUGGCUUUGGACUAAUGUCACCAAACCCUACCGAGUUUGAGUACGAGGCCAUCUUGGAGAAAGCCUCCAACAAUAACCAGCCCCUCGUGCCCCUGCGGAUUCUAGAUGGGCGCUCAUUCGCUGCAAAAGCUCUUGUGUCUCUUGUUGAAUAUGGCAUCGGGUUGGCCGCGACAGGGAACCUAUUCUGGGAAGUCUAUAAGUUCACAUAUCAUGCCAUAUCCCUGGCCCCGAUGGUCGUCUACAUUCACGGUUUGCCAGAGACAUCCAUACUGUUUGGUUGGGCUUUUCUGAACAUACCUAUCUAUCUGCUAAGUUUUGGCGUCUUCGCCUUGACCUUCCGCCGGACGACGCCAGGAAGCAAUCUUGUUAGAUUGAUCGUUGAUGAGCUGACUCCUUGUGGCCAAGGCCGAAACCACACAAUCAGGCGUCGGGAUAACAGACUGUUUCAACAGAACCUUCUCGGGGCAGCUGUCAGAGUGAUUGGAGGUCUUCACAUCAUUCUCGGUACUGUUCUCAUUGGUAGCAUUGUUCUUAUCCCUUUGGCAGACUCCCUGCCAGUUAUCUACACCUUUGUAUUCGCGGCUUUAUUCACAAGGGUUGUCUUGGUUUACGAAUUGAACGGCCUGGCGAGAAAGACAACUGUGGAGGAGAAGAUGCCACGGGGAGCUGAGGCCGAGGCCAAAGGUCUUCUAUGCGUCAAUUGCAUCCCACUGAACCAAAGGGACAUGGAAGAGUAA